GGGAUUCGCUACUGAACUUGUCACUCGCACUUUCGGGAGUCCGCUUUUCCCUUGCUUCCCUGCUUCUGCUUUCCCACCCCCCUGCAGCCGUAGCUCCCGGUGUCUCGCGUGCCACGGCGACUGAGCUAGAAGCCAAUACCAUGUUUCGCCGAAAGCUGACGGCCCUCGACUAUCACAACCCUGCGGGCUUCAACUGCAAAGAUGAAACAGAAUUUAGAAACUUUAUUGUUUGGCUUGAAGAUCAAAAGAUUAGACACUACAAGAUCGAAGACAGAGGAAAUUUAAGAAACAUCCACAAUAGUGAAUGGCCCAAGUUCUUUGAAAAGUAUCUGAAAGAUGUUAACUGUCCUUUCAAGAUUCAAGAGCGACAAGAAACUAUUGAUUGGCUUCUUGGUUUAGCUGUUAGACUAGAGUAUGGAGAUAAUGCUGACAAAUACAAGGAUUCUGCACCAGAUAAUGCUAAAAAUGCUGACAAUGCAGCUAAAAAUGUAGAGCCACUGAUAAAUUUGGAUGUGAAUAAUCCUGAUUUUAAGGCAGGAGUAAUGGCUUUGGCCAACCUUCUUCAGAUCCAGCGUCAUGACGAUUACUUGGUAAUGCUUAAGGCAAUUCGUAUUUUGGUUCAGGAACGCUUAACACAGGAGGCAGUUGCUAAGGCAAAUCAGACAAAAGAGGGCUUACCUGUUGCUUUAGAUAAGCAUAUCCUUGGUUUUGAUACAGGAGAUGCUGUUCUUAAUGAAGCUGCUCAAAUUCUUCGAUUGCUACAUAUAGAAGAACUCAGAGAACUACAAACAAAAAUUAAUGAAGCCAUAGUAGCUGUUCAAGCAAUUAUUGCUGAUCCAAAGACAGACCACAGAUUGGGAAAAGUUGGAAGAUAAAGCAAUUUAGGAUUACAGCCUCUCAUCUACUUAGAAUACCUAGGAACUGUGGCAUAACUCUGGCAAUGUAUUUUCAAUCAAAUGUCAUUGGGGAGGGAAAAUAACAGAAAAUUUUGGAUUCUUACCAUUGUCGUGUUUUCUGUUUAAUAAAGAUCAAGGAAAUGGACAUGUUCUUAUUUGAUUAUAUAUGAAGUACUGCUAAUCAUCAAUUUUGUAUUUGAGACUGCGUGGAAUUUAAAAUUAUAUUAUUAUUAUUCCCAAGUUUGUCAUAAACAACACACCUUAUGUCUCACUAAUAGGAAAACUUAAAUGUUUUAUUACAGUAAUCCAGAAUCUUUGAAUAGAAAUAUAUCUUGUAAGUAUACAUGAAUGUAAUUUUUUCUACUAUGGGGAUAUAGGCACUUAAGAACUAUAAAAUACAAAAUGAAUUAUUCUAGCACCUUCUGUAUAAAUACUAAAAGAAAUUCACUGAUGGUGAGGUAAAGAGACAAUAUUUAGAACUUCAAAAAACUUAAUUUCAUUGGUUUUUCCCAAUACUGUUACUUAUUACAUAGCCUCUUCAAGGCUUCUAUAUUUUUGUCUUUAAAUGUAUUUUUAGUUAAACAAAAUAAUCUUUUAGCCAAGAAGAACCUAGUUCUUCAUAGAAGAUUCUAGUUAUACUAGAAUCAGUCUAUGAGUUCUUUAAAUUUUAAAUUUAAUUGAUUUUUCUUUAAUGAAUUUUACCUUAAAAGUGAAAUAGGGUAAUUAUGUAUAAAAAUGUUUUAUAUGUAACAAUCAAAUUCUGUUCCUAACACUUUAAGGAAUAUAUUUUUUCCUUAUAACAUCAGUAUCAAUUUUUUAAUUUUAGAAAAUACAGUAGUAAAGAUUGAGGUAUAAAACUUUCCCAGAAUACACUUACUAAUCUUUGCCCUGUAAAAGGUCAUUUUGUGGCAUAUCCAGAAACUGGCAGUAACCUUUAUUCUGUUUUUUCAUUUUCUUCACCUUCCAACUGUUGGUAGGAAAUAGUCUUCAGAAUUGAAAUUCUGUUAUUUAGAGUUCAUUACUUUGUUCCUGUAGGGAGAAGGGAGAGGGAAGGGGAAAGUUAUUUUCUUAUUAUUAUACAGAGUGUUUUUAUUGGGGAUUUUAAAGGGAGAGAUACAGGGAAACUGACUCCUUUUCAUGUAGUGUGCCGGGGAGGAGGAUUCAGUGACUAUUAAUAAGUAAUUUCAUAGCUGCAGAUUUUCAUGGCAGUAGGACUUGUACUCAUGUGUACUGUCCACUAUUAUGGCUGCCAGUGUCUCUCACAGUGGUGGAGUGAUGGAACUCCAGGAGCAAAUAGCAUAUCUGUUAAAGUAAGUUGGCUUCUAUGCACCAUCUUUGACACAAUUUCUGUUUUACAAAAUGAGACCCUAAUGCUCGCCUCUAGAUGUUUUAUUUACCUUUCGGACAGUAGGGGUAAAUUGCAGUUAUUCCAUAAAGAUGUGAUCUUUGCUCUGGAAGAUACUCAUCAGUAAACUGGCCAUUAUCUUUAUUUACUGCUAUAACACCAUCCCUAGAAAAAGAAAAGGAUAAAUAAACAGGUCCACUUCUAAGUAACAGCUUUGAAGCUUUUUAUGUAUAAAAACUUAAUUUCAGCUCAUGGCAUGGAGGAGAUUAUAGGCAAAAGUGUUAGUUUGAAUGUCAAGGUAAGUUUGAUCCUUAUAAUAAAGGUCUGUUAGUUAAUUCCAA